AUUGUGAAAUUGAAUUCCGUGUGGGCAGGUACUCACGGAAGUCACCGGAGAAGUUGUGAGACGUUUCCUGAAAUUGGCCAGAAAAAUAAUGAGCCGUGCUACAGAUGAAGUUCCACAGGAUGUCUCCUGACCCCGGGUCUCCUUCUCCCAUCUCUUUCCGUUUCUCAUUUCAUCCCAGAGGACUAUUUUACGCUGCUGCGUCUGAUUCGAGUUAGGACUCUCCAUUAUUACAGCUGUUGCCUGCUGAAAUAUGCAUGCAGUGGAAGUCUCUUGCCUUUUUGACCUCGUUUUGGAGCUCAGCGACAAUACGGAACAAUGGCCUGUGCAAAGUCGUGUGUUGCUUUCUCUUUGAUUCAACAUGUUUUCGUACAACAUCUGUUGAUCUCCGCGGUGCCCGCCACCUACUCACUUCCCAGCAUUCCUUGCCUGGGAUCCCUGUGGCCUUGAAACAGUCCAUUGACCUGCGCACAUCCAUGGACGGGAAGUACAAGGAGAUCGCCGAAGAGCUGUUCUCCCGCAGCCUGGCAGAGAGCGAGAUGCGCAGCGCUCCCUACGAAUUUCCAGAGGAUAGUCCCAUUGAACAGCUGGAGGAGAGACGCCAUCGUCUUGAGCGGCAGAUCAGCCAGGAUGUCAAGUUGGAGCCCGACAUCCUCCUGCGAGCCAAACAAGAGUUCAUGAAGACUGACAGUGCCAGUGAUCUGGAAUACAUGAAGGAGCAGAGCCAAGCCUCUGACCCGCAGGAGCGAGAGCUGGUCCAAGAGUGCGAGUACCAGAGAGUCAGUAUUUCCGGAGAGGAGAAAUGUGGGGUUCCCUUCACAGAUCUGCUGGAUGCUGCCAAAUGUGUGGUGAAGGCUCUGUUCAUCAGACAGAAGUACAUGGGCCUGUCCCUGCAGAGCUUCUACCCGACCACCGCUCGUUACCUGCAGGAGCUGAGUGAGAGACCCCUGGACUUGGAUAUCUACGAGGAGGAGAUCACAGAGACCACCGUCACACCAGAUGCCACAGUGCACCCACGUGACCCACCUGUUUCUGGCACGCACCCGUACGAGAACCAGGACCCCUCCAGCAUGCCACCUGACAUGGGUUACGGGUGCAAGAUGGUGGAUGGUGUCAUGCAUGUGUACACAACACGGAGCGUUAUGGAAAAGAGCACAGAGCUGGACCUGCCGUAUCCCGACCUGCAGGACUACAUCGCUGAUAUGAACGUCAUGAUGGCCCUCAUCAUCAAUGGCCCAGUAAAAUCCUUCUGCUACCGUCGUCUGCAGUAUCUCAGCUCCAAGUUCCAAAUGCACAUCCUGCUGAAUGAGAUGAAAGAGCUGGCCGCACAGAAGAAAGUCCCACAUCGAGACUUCUACAAUAUCCGUAAGGUUGACACACAUAUACAUGCCUCAUCCUGUAUGAACCAGAAGCACCUCCUGCGCUUUAUCAAAAGGGCCAUGAAGAAGUAUCCAAAGGAGAUAGUUCAUGUGGAAAGAGGAAAGGGUCAGACGCUCAUGGAAGUGUUUGAGAGCAUGAACCUGACAGCCUUUGACCUGAGUGUGGACACCCUGGACAUGCAUGCAGACCGUAACACUUUCCAUCGAUUUGAUAAGUUCAAUGCCAAGUACAAUCCCAUUGGCGAGUCCAUCCUGAGAGAGAUCUUCAUCAAAACGGACAACCACAUCGAGGGGAAAUACUUUGGUCACAUCAUUAAGGAGGUGAUGGCAGACCUGGAGGAGAGCAAGUACCAGAACGUGGAGCUCAGGUUGUCGAUCUACGGCCGCUCCAGGGAUGAGUGGGACAAACUGGCCAAGUGGGCCGUCAAGCACCAGGUCUACUCCACCAAUGUGCGCUGGCUUGUACAAGUUCCACGACUCUUUGACGUGUACCACACCAAGAAACAACUGUGUAACUUCCAAGAGAUGCUCGAGAACAUCUUCAUGCCUCUGUUUGAGGUUACAGUCAAACCCGGCAGCCAUCCGGAGCUGCACCUCUUCCUCCAGCAUGUGGUGGGUUUCGACAGCGUUGACGAUGAAUCAAAACCAGAGCAGCAUAUCUUCAACCUGGACAGUCCGCUGCCAGGCAACUGGACAGAGGAGGACAACCCGCCCUACUCCUACUACCUCUACUAUAUGUAUGCAAACAUGACUGUGCUGAAUCACCUGCGCAGACAGCGGGGGUUUCCCACAUUUGUCCUACGUCCUCAUUGCGGGGAGGCGGGGCCAAUCCAUCACCUGGUGUCUGGUUUCAUGCUGUCAGAGAACAUCUCCCACGGGCUGCUGCUCAGGAAGGCUCCUGUGCUGCAGUAUCUGUAUUACUUGGCUCAGAUAGGCAUCGCCAUGUCCCCUCUCAGCAAUAACAGCCUGUUCCUCAGCUACCACCGCAACCCUCUGCCGGAGUACCUGUCCAGAGGCCUCGUGGUCUCUCUGUCCACAGACGACCCUCUGCAGUUUCACUUCACCAAGGAGCCCUUGAUGGAGGAGUACAGCAUUGCUGCUCAGGUGUGGAAGCUGAGCUCUUGUGACAUGUGUGAGCUGGCCAGAAACAGUGUGCUGAUGAGUGGAUUCUCUCAUAAGAUAAAGAGCUGCUGGCUGGGGCCACACUUCGUCGUGGAGGGACAGGAGAGCAAUGACAUCAGACGGACCAACGUUCCCGACAUCCGCGUGGCGUACCGUUACGAGACCAUGUGCGAGGAGUUGAAUUUAAUCACGCAGGCCAUCCGCACGGACGAGCUGGAGACCAUCGAGGAGGAGGGCAGCCUGUGCAUGGGAGCUGUGCAGGCAGAAAAGUAAACAUGCAGCACAAAACAAACAAAAAGAAAUCUCACUACAUUCCCUGUUUACACAUCAGGACAUUGUACAGAUUUGCAUAUGAACAUAUCACACCUGUGAAAAGAGAAAAGCUUUCUCAUAAGACUGUGAGAGUUGCUCCUGAAGCAAUAUGAGAGAGGACCUGCAAUGUGUGUGCACAAGGUGUCCACUUCCUUUAGUGCAUUUGAGUCAGUCUCUGUUUUUAAUGUGACUUGGUGAUUUUCAAAAUGUCUCUCGAUGUAAUUAGUUUGACAUUAUUAUAUUUUCACAAACAUGUUUUGUCAGAUUUUGGUCAGCCUUCACAUUAUUCAAACCAUUAACACAUCUUUGUACACUGGAUCCAACACGGACUGAAGUGAAAAGAUGACUGGGAACAAUGUUCCAAAGUAAAAAGCUUCUUAACAACAUACAAGGUCAUUUUUGUGCUGUCUUUACUGGCAAAUUGGGGCGUUUGGUGACCUUAGGGAGUUUAAAUUAAAUUAAAACAUACAAUUUUAUAUUAAUUCUUGAUGUAUUUACUUGGAAAGACUUUAGACCCUGGUACUCAUUAUAGGCAAAAAACCAAGUUUUGACAUUAUUAUUGCAAAUUUUAACUGAUUGCACCAACUGUUCUUAAGUUCAAACUAAGCAUAAUUAAUGCAUUACUAAAAAAUAAAACGGGCCACGCACAACAACUGGUCCUUACAUCGAGAUCGGUUGUCUCUGAACAUUUACACAGACUGUCACAUGCAAGGUUUGGCUGACUCACUCAAUUAACUGGCAAAGCUAAUGUUAGCUUGUUGAUAUCAGUCACAUCCUUGUAUCUCAUUCUGAACUGUCUGAAUUCCAAUUCAGUAAAAGUACAGAUUACUAGAUAGGUAAAACAUCAAUAAAAGAUCCAUGAUGAACAAUGAAUAGACAUAAGACAAUAAAGCAUACACAGUACAAUUAUGACAAAACAUUGGCACCUGGCAGGAGAGAAGCACAAUGAAAACUAUAUAAAUAUUCAUAGUCAAAUGAGUCAAAUUAGAAACAUGUCAUGAAUUUUUGUCCGGUGCAUUGAUACUUUAAUUAUCCACAGGACAAUACCUCAUGUUGUGUAAGUGACAGGAGGCUCCACAUCUCCAACAUUCAUGCAACUGGCAACAGUAUUAACAUCAUCUCUCCGGCAGCUGCUCCUUGUGGUGUUCUUGCUGUCCUUGAGUGGGGUUGCAUGAAAGCAUGUCAGUAUUUGUUACUGGUGUGCAGUGAGGGUACUUUCUUUUCAGCAUCUCGUUAUACUUUUAUGACAUUGUCUCUAUGGAGAUUCUGAACUGUAACUCUUAUCUGGGACCAUUUGUCCUUUACACACAAGUAUUUAAAUUUCUCUCAGUCAUAGUCCAGUGAAUGAUGCAUCAUGAGCCAUUCCUUCGGUUUUCGCUUCUUGCACAAGUUCAACCUGUGCCAAAUCCGUUCAUAAACACAUUUUUUAGAUAACUGAAAUAUGACUAACUUGACAAACCAUUCUUCAUUUCCUGCUUUCAGUUUGGGUCCUGAAGUUAUAGUUGGACUUUUUCAAAGAACCAUGUUAUUGUGGAGACUUAAGUCUGGUUUAUACCUCUGCCUAGCAUCAACAAAGUCUGCAGCUGAGAAUGACAAAUGGUAAAAGGAUUGAGCUUUCAGUGAGAAAGUAUUUAUUUUUUUAAUCUCUAUUGUUAGUUUCUUCAUUAGUUAUCUUUGUGUCACCAUAUAGGGAAACUAAGCUGGAAAUCAUCGGUUGUUUCUUCAUAUAUCUUUUUUAUCAUACGAUAGAAAUGCUAGUUAUAGACUCUACCAUCUAUCCAUAUCAUCUACUCCACUUGAGCCUAUUGCACUUAUGAAUUGUACCUUAUGCUUGUGCAACACCCAUGCAGUCAGAAUACUUGCUAUCACUCCCCAAAGAAUUAUAUGUGCUGUUUGUUAAGUAUUAUUUAUUGAAAUUUGUGUCUAUGGAGAAUAAAAAGUGCUUGCCUCCCUUCA